AUUUUGGCCCAAAUCUAUUCUUUUUAAUACGGAAAUUAAGCAGCAGACCAACCAAAGCAGGCCCGAUAUGCCCUUACCAAAAACACUUUCCUAAAGUUUGGUUCAAAGUGAAAUUGCUCAUGGGAAUUACUUCAUUAAUCAAAUUCAUGGAAAUUUUCUAGAGUUAUUUGGUUUGUAAUGUGAGAAAUAACUUUUCGUAGAAAUUUCUACUUACCUGGGAUUAGGUAACACAUUUAAAACAAGGUUGUGGUCUUGGCAGAAUAUUUCCAUGAUUUCUUUGUUAUUGCCGGUGAGGAUGAUGUGAUGGCGGUAAUGAUAAAGACGGUGGCUGACAAUGGUGAUGGCGGGUGAGAGUGUGAGACAAGGCAUUAAUAGGUGAGGGCCCGAGUAAAGAUGCCGUAUGCCGGGCCAGACCCAUGGGCCUAACGGACAGGGUCCAAGCUAGGCCCACUCUGCAUAGUGACGGGCCGGGCUGAAAAAGUUUAAAACAGGGCCCGUGCCCACAGGCUUUGUGACGGGCCGGGUCAGGCCGUCGUGCCUAAGCCUUAUUUUACUAAAUUUAGCGUGCUUUGUCGUGUUGGGUCGAGUCACGCCGUGCUUUUAAAAAAAAAUACGGUCCAGGCCCGGCCCAUGACUGUGUGUCUGUGUCGUAUUUCGGCCGGACCCGGCCCAAAGCCAUUUUUAGGCCCGAUAGGAGGCGGUGGGGUUUUAUUUUGAAGGGUAAAAUUGUAUUUUCACUAAUUAAUGGAAGGCGUUUUCAGUAAACACGGCCACACGGGUAUCAAAUAAGAAAGUAAAUUGUUUGGAAAAAUUAACUUUAAUUGGGGUCCAAGUACUACUUCUUAAUUCUUAUGCCCUUCGUUUUUUGCAGAGGAAGUUUAAUAUAGACGGAAUUCAAUCAUCUUGAGUUCCAAUUUUGCAGUCUGCUGCUAAAAGAAUCAACAUUUCUCGCAACGCUGCCGCCAAAAAUACUAACCAUUAAUUAUUUAAAAUUUACCCCUUUUCUUAAUUUAGUGUUUGCAGACUGCAGAGGGAGUUGAUGUGUGCAAAAUUACUUAUUUUCUGUGUUUUAUACCGUCAAUAAUGACGAAGAUCCGGCAAAAGAUGCAUAAUUUAUCCCAAAAUUGCCAAGAAAAAGAUGAUUGCUCUGUAAAACAACAUAAAGAACAGCCCCAAACCUCUUCAACCUCCAAUUGCAUGCCCUCGAAUGGAAGAAAUUCCAAGUGGGUGUCAAAGAAUCGGGUUUUCGGUGUCGAAAAGUCGGGUCUUGGGCCGGAAUGUGAGGUGGGCGGGCCCAAUUCUGGGGAGAUAGGCUGUGGGUAAGAGUUGAAUGAGAGAGAAAGUGAGGCAGGUGAGAGAAAUUGUGGAGUUGAAGAGGAGACGAUUGAAGGGUGUGAGUUGAGUAAAGAAGGUGGUGAUGGUGUUGAUGAUUUUAUUAGAAGAUCGGAAGAGUUGUAGUUUGAGGCUGAAGAGGUUGAAUUGUCUGAAGAACAGAUUCAAAUUAAUGAUCAAGUUCAAGAGGAUGAGGUUACAUCAUAAUUAAAGUUGUGUACUUGUGAGAAACUACAUUGACUCAAUUCCGCAGAGGCGCAGACUUGUUCUAAUUAUGUCUUGUGUAUAUCAUCUGUUAAAUUUGUCAGUUGCUUGCUAUGGAGUCCAUAUAUGGAGACAAUGUCUAUAUCCUUGAUAAACGACAAGGCUUGCGAUCUUUCCAGAUCCACAUAAACAUUGAACUUCCUGAUUCAUAUUCUGUAUCAACAAAACUAAAGGAAGAUGAAUCCUUACAAACUUUUAAAGUCCAGUGUCUGUCACCAAUUAUAUUGACAUGUUUGUUACCUAGAUCGUACCCAAGUCAUUAUCCACCUUCUUUCACAAUCUCAGUUCAGUGGUUACAUGAAUCUGAAAUUUCCCAGCUUUGUUCCAUGCUUGAUUUACUGUGGAAUGAGCAACCAGGGCAAGAGAUCCUGUAUCGGUGGGUUGAAUGGCUACCGAGUUCUUCUCUUCAACACCUUGGUUUUGAUGAAGAACUUUCUAUUGGACCGUACAAUGUGGAAAGUGUGGAAAGUGUUUCAGAUAGACGUUCUUUCUCUGGAAGUAUUUCUCCUGACAUUGAUGUUGCUUCAAUGAAGAGUUACAAUUCAGAGAGACAACAUGAGAACUUUCUCAACGGCUGUCAUGAAUGUUGCAUCUGUUUCAGCGAAUUUGCAGGAACAAAGUUCUUGAGACUGCCAUGUGAUCACUUCUUCUGUGUAAAAUGCAUGACGACUUAUGCUGAAGUGCUUGUGAAGGAAGGCACAGUAAACAAGCUGCAGUGUCCCAAUACUAAAUGUGGUGGUAUGAUCCCCCCUGGUUUAUUAAAACGACUACUGGGUGGUGAAGAAUUUGAUCGUUGGGAAUCAUUGAUGUUACAGAAAACCCUUGACGCAAUGCCUGAUGUAGUUUAUUGUCCCAGAUGUGAAACGGCAUGUCUAGAAGAAAAAGACCAUCAUGCUCAAUGCUCAAAGUGCUUCUUUAGCUUCUGUUCACUUUGCAGGGAACGGCGUCAUGUGGGGUUAGCAUGCAUGACACCGGAGAUGAAGCUUAAAUCCUUGGAGGAUCAGCCAAUUUUUUCCCUUCUCAAGGAAAGUCAAAGACGUAAGCAGCGUAUUGUGAUGAAUGAACUUCUCAGUGUGAAGGAAAUACUCCGUGAUGCCAAGCAAUGCCCAUCAUGUAAGAUAGCUAUUACUAAAAACGGAGGUUGCAACCAUAUGGUUUGCCGUCAGUGUGGGCAGCGCUUUUGCUACGGCUGUGGCAGGUUGACCGGAAUGUGUGAUUGUCAUCAUUCUCCGGCUGAACCAGUGAUUGAGCCGGAGCAAAACAUGGCUCUCCAAGUCCGCCAAAUCCUACGUGAGUUACAAGUUCAAAUGGUACAUGGAAAUUCCCGGCCUUGUCCUUCUUGUAAGCAGUUCAAAGCUAAGGUUGGAAACAAUAAUCAUAUCUUUUGCUGGGCAUGUCAAAACCACUAUUGCUACCUUUGCAGAAAGAUGGUGCGGCGUAGCUCUGAGCAUUAUGGACCCAAAGGCUGUAAACAGCAUUCAGAGGGAUAGAUAAACGGAACACAUGCAGAGAGAGAAUACAAGAACUCGUGAGUUGAGUUUCUGGAUUUCUAGAGUUUCAGGCAAAUGAAAUGUGUUUCAUGUAGGCUAACAACAAAGUCAUCUGGUUGGGUAAACGGGAGGAAAAUGGGUGGGCCAUAUCCGUCAGGGAACCACCGGUCAUGGAUUGGCAUACGUAAAACAGGAACUGAUUCUUCGAGCUUUGCUUUAUGAGUCUCGGACCAGACAUUCCAGAAAUGCCAGUAUGAAGUCCCAUCUCCAAGAGCAUGAUUCAUGGAGCAGCCAAUGAAAACCCCAUCUAGGAGCUCAGUAACUUUAAUCGUCAACAAAGACCUGUAAUUAGGGGUGAGCAAAAAGUCAGGGUACCCUGAAUUGCAAGCAUUUUGGGCAUAACGCAUUUUUUUUAUGGUCCGGUUCCUUAUUUUGGGUAUUCCACUUUAGAAUUAGUGUGUACAGGGUAACAAAAAUGUUACCCGGAACCAGAACCUGCACAUUAAACAUGACCAAAUUUGUUGCAACAGGUUUUGGUUCCGGUUCUCAUUUUCAGGAACCUGUUGCAACAGGUUCCGGUUCCCAUUUUAAGGAACAUGUUGCAACAGAUUCUGGUAACAGGUACCUGUUAUGCUCACCUUACCUGUAAUGGCCGUCAUAGUUAACAGCCCCGUCAUGGUCAAAAAACGACUGGACAACUUCAGGAACAUCAGUUGGUAAAAGUAUGUCGGAUAUGGUCAUAUCUAACGUAGCAUGGAUGAACCUCGCACCAGGACCCUUGUUACAGUCGACAAAGACCAAGCACUUUUGUCCCUCUUCUUCAUCUGUUUGUGUUUCAAGAUGACCUGCCAAUGGGUAGAAAUGGACAAGGGUGAGGGAAAGAGAUUUCUUGAGACAUUGAAGGAGUUCGUGUAUGGAGAAUUGUUCAUCGCCUAAGUUUGAUGGUUUGGUGAAGAGAAGACCCUGUUGGAUGUAAUGCGCAAAGAGCAUGGCUAAAUCCACAGGACCCAAGUAGUAUGGCUGUUUGGCUUCAUGUACCUCAUACUUUGGUUUGAUGAAGCAUUCUGAGAUGUGUUUUAACAGUUGAAUUCAUCUUCGGGUUUUUGGAAUUUUAGGGUAAUGGUAUUUGAGUACCUUAUUCAAACAUAAGUUUAAGGGUGGCAAAAGUUGCCUUCAACAAAUCACACUUUAUAAUUAAGUUUUGUGCUGCUGCA